AUUGAAUUAAAGUAAUUCAUAUUUAAGUGAUUGUAUAUUCCUUACAAAUUCAACUAGAUUUAUGUUUGAUUUGUAUCCAUAUGGUUAUUUAAUAACAAAUCUCUAUUAAGGUUCUGGUGGAAGUACUGUUAACUUAUUAGAAAUAGUAAAAGAAUUUGGAGAUAAUUUAGCUGAAAACUUAUUAUAUGGAUUUGGUGGUGGUUCUAUAUUUAUGUAUGCAAAUUAAUCAAUCUCUAUUAAUUAAUCACAACUGUUGGCAGAUGGAUCUCCAGGAUAUGUUAAUAAUACAACAAAUUAUAGUAUUGGAGGAGGUUCAGGUGGAUCUAUCAAAAUAUAUACAAGUAAAAUAAUUAGUGAUGAAUCCUCUCUAAUUUCUAUGCAGGGAGGAAAUAGUGAUCAAAAUAGUUUAGUAGGUGAAGGUGGUGGAGGUAUACUUUAAUAUAAGUGUUUGACGAGUCCUUUAGAUAUAUAUGAAUCAUAAAAUUUAAGAGAUUAUUGUUCCUUCAGUAAUUUUCAAGGAUAAAUCAAAAAUGGUCCUGGUUAAAGAAAUCCAAAACUUGGUGCGGGUUUACUUGGAUAAAAUGGGAAUUUAGUUGAACCAUUAUGUCCUCCUGGUUAUAGAGUCUCUAAUUUUUCUUGUGUUUCAUGUAAUAAUAAAAAUAGUUCGAAAAGAUAAAAUUAUACAUUAUGGUGGAGUUCAUAAUGUGUACCGUGUCCAUAUACAUUUGUAAAUAGUUUAAUUUUUAUAAAUAGGGUAAAUUUUCAUCAAAUAAUAAUAAUACUUUUUGUAAUUAAGCACCUGGUUGUUAAACUUCAGAUUGUUGUAUUGAAGAUUUCAGUAUACUUAAAAAUACUGGAAUUUAAUUAGUAGUUUUUAUGAUGUUAAUCAUUAUGGGUUAUGGAUUGAGAAGACAAUAUAAAAAGAAAGAUUCUACAACUGAAAAAAACUUUAAUUUUGAGAAUGCAACUAAAGAAAUUAUUGCUGAUAAAAUAAUUACUGAGAGUUUGUAGGAAACAGAUUAAUUUGUUUUAGGAGAUCUAAUGUAUCAUGCACAUAGGAUACCUGUUAUUGGUAAUAAUACUUUUCUUAAUCCUUGGUUUUUGCAUUCUGAACCACCAGUUGAGAUUGAUAAAGCAGUUAAUAAAGAAGAGUAUGAAAAGUUUGCUAAGAACUUUAAUGAACUUGCUUCUUGGAGUAAAACUAAUUAUAUUAUUUUAAACAUUUUGGCUAUAUUAUAUUAUCCAUUAUAUUGGGGUUGGUAGACUAAAAUAAAAAAGAAUAAGUAUAAAUUAUUAUCUGCUUUAUUAAAUAAAAAUGAAAUACCAAAAUUUUGGAAAUAAUCAUCAGAUCAAACUUAUGGUAGAUUUAAAAUGACAAAAAGUGCAGAUUACACUCUUUUAUAUAUUGAUAUAUUUAAUUAUAAGAAUUGUGAUCUAAAAUACAUUUAUCUUACAUGUCCUUUUAUUAUAUAUUUAUCAGGUGAAGGUAAUUAUUUAAGACCUUUUUAUUUAUGUGAAUCAGAUUAAUUUUUAGUUUCUCUUUUCUUUGCUGUAAAUUAAACUACAAAUUCUAUUUAAAAUAGAUAAAAUAUAUUAACGAAUUUAGUUUGUAAAGAUGAAAGAGAAGAAAAUUCAAAAGAAAUUAGAAGAUUUUUAAAGAAAUUCAAUAAAGUAGCUAUGACUUUAGAUUUUGGAGCAUUAGAUUAGAGUUUCAUAUCAAAUUUUAAAAGAUUAUUUGAUUUAUUAGAGAAAUGGAAUAAUUAAUUCUUUAGUAAUCAUAAUGUAAAAUUGUAAUUAUUAGUUGCUCAAUUUCCAUUUGAUUCUUAACAUUAAUCAUCAACAAUUACAUUGAUUGAAAUGAAAUAGGAAUCUUCAUUUAAAGAUUUUAUGAAAGAACUUCAUAAAAAUGUUAUAUUUCAAAAAUUACAAGAUGUCAAAUUUGGUGUAUUUAUAUUUAAUACAGAAUAAGAUCCUGCUGAAGUUGAUUAAUAAUUAAAAAAUCAAAAACUUAGUUUUAAUGAUAUUGAAGAUUUUUCUAUUCGUAAUAUAGAAUAUAAUUAUGAUGAUGAGAAUUCUAUUGAUGUAGAAUUGUUGAGAGAAUAAUUUCUAUCUAAAAGUACUGAAAAAGAUCAUUUAUAAAUGGGACAUACAAAACAUUAAUUCAAAUAAAUAACUAAAAAAUAAAGUCAAAGACCUAAUUCUUUUUCAAAAACUUAUCAUCUAAUAAUUAGAAUUUUUGAUUACAUUAGAUUUUAAUCAUUUUCUCAUAAAAGAACAUUUUUAGAUAAGUAUACACUUAUCAUUAUGAUUUGUAUAUUAAUCUUAUUAGAUAAUGUAAUUUUAAUAUAUAAUAUAUUAGUUCUUAUUACAAAGUAUUUUAAGUUUAAUUAUUGAAAAGUAUUCUCAUAUAAAAUCAUCUGGAGAAAGUAAAAAUUAAGAAAUUAUGAGUUUGUAAUUAAUUUUAUUCCCUUAUCCAUUUACAAUAAUACUAUCUAAUCUAUUUGAAUCAAUAUGGGUAUUUAAUUAUAUUAUUUUAGAUACCAAGUUAAUCUUAUGGUAUUCUUAAAUUAUAUUUAAUAUUUAAUGCUAUGGCCACAUUUUAGUAUUUUGUGAGUUUACUUAUAUUUAUAGGCCAUAAUCAUAAAUCAUAAAUAUGCAUUUAAGAUGCCUUGACCUUUUUAUCAUUUUUAAUAAAGAUCACAUUAAAUCAAUUAAGUGAGAGAUUAAUACCUAUGAGUACUAAAUUGAAUUAAUUGAGCAAUGAAAAAUAAAUAUGA